AUGCACACGGACGAUGAAAGCGAGAUUGAAUACACGGUGGUUAAGCGCGUUGCGUCCGUUACGAUUGAAUCGGAUAGUCAGGUGGAAGCAGAAGUGCAACAGCGAUCUGGACGUAUAAGACGGAAGAAAAGGAUUGUGAAACGGAAAAAUGUUAAUGACAAGAUGGAUGUCGAUAUUAUUGCUUCUCAGUUCAGUAUCAUAAACAGAGGGAUGGACUGGGAUGGCCUGUGCUCAGCAAGUGAAUUGUCAUCUUCUGAAACCUGCUCCUCCGAUGGUCGUGAGGCGGACGAUGAACAAUCAGAUUGGGUUGGUCGUAUAAAUGAAGACCAAAACUUUCCUCUUCCGCAGAUAUCGACGAAGCAACAGCGCUUUAUUAAAACGCGUACUGCAUCAGCAGCUCUGCAACGAAAGCUUGAACGGUUUAUUCGAGAUGAUAGUCAACGUGAACUUGUUGUGAAAAACUGGACCGGUUAUCAGCAGGUUAGUCGAGUUUUGCAAUUUUUUGGUCUGGAAGUUUUGAAAAGAGGUCGUGGGAUGGAUUUCCAACGAAAGCUACCUCAAAGUUGUUGCGAAGAGUACUAUAUGCCGGAAGAGACAAAUCUAACAGGCCAAAGACGCUUGACAUUUAAAGUAGAGUUUGGAAUACCAGUGAGAGGUGCAUUCACUGGACAGGAUUUUGAAGUGUUGGUCAAUGAAGCAGUACGAUUAGUAUUAGGACAAAGUGCGCCGAAUUAUUCAUUGGGUCUAUUUAACGAGAUUGAACGGAAAGGGUCUGUGGUUGUUCAAGCAUCGGACGUGAAUCUUAUUUGGGCAGCACUUUCAGUAUAUGGACGUUUUUUUGGCAAACCAAUCGCUUUGCAUUUCAAUUCGUUAACUGAAGUUCGAGUGCUGUAA